CGGAGUCUGCCUCUGUUGUCUGCACCCAACCGUUUGUUUCUAUUUCCUGCACUAAUGUUCCUGAUGGGUUCCAAAUGAACCUGCUGUGUUUUAAUAUAUAUGAAUUGCAAUUUCUAAAUCGCCGAGUGUAAAGAUCUCAUCAUCUUCCUCUGCUAUGCCCUAUGUGGUGGACACCACCCUGGCGGACUGGUUCCAGCAAUUGUGAAGCAUAAGAAUCCUGAUGCAGACUCACAGGUUGGAUCCAGACUAUACCACUUGUGAGUUUGUAAAUGCACUUCUCCAGGGCAGAGAAGUAUCUGCUAGUGACUGUAUCUUCCCCUCUACAUAAGCCAGCUUGCCACAUCCAGCAAGAAGAAUGGGGGAAAGCAGCACCAUGGCAGGGUUUCUGAGCCUCAACACCUCAGCUUCAGGGACGGCAGUCACAACAAAUUCAAUGGACAAAACCGUGCCUGGGAGUUUCAACAGCAGGACCCUGGUCCCAAACUUGAUGAUCGUCAUCUCAGGACUGGUUGGACUGACAGGAAACGCCACUGUGUUCUGGUUCCUGGGCUUCCGCUUGCGCAGGAACGCCUUCUCCGUCUACAUCCUAAACCUGGCAGUGGCUGACUUCCUAUUCCUCCUCUGUCACAUCAUAGACUCCACGCUGCUUCUCCUCAAGUUUUCCUAUCCCAACAUUAUCUUCCUCCCGGCCUUUAACACCGUCAUGAUGGUUCCCUACAUAGCAGGCCUGAGCAUGCUCAGUGCCAUCAGCACCGAGCGCUGCCUGUCUGUCCUGUGCCCGAUCUGGUAUCGCUGCCGCCGCCCGAAACACACAUCAACUGUCGUGUGUGCUGCGAUCUGGAUCCUGUCCAUGUUGAUCAGCAUUCUGAACCGGUAUUUCUGUGGCUUCUUAGAUACCAAAUUCGAAAAUGACAACCGGUGUCUGGUAUCUAACUUCUUCACUGCUGCGUGCCUGAUAUUUUUGUUUGUGGUCCUCUUUCUGUCCAGCCUGGCCCUGCUGGCCAGGUUGUUCUGUGGUGCUGGACGGAUAAAGCUCACCAGACUUUACGCCACCAUCAUGCUCACGGUGUUGGUUUUUCUCCUCUGCGGCUUACCCUUUGGCAUCCACUGGUUCCUGUUAAUCUGGAUUAAGACUGAUUAUGGUGUAUUUGCCUAUGGCCUUUAUCUGGCAUCACUUGUUCUGACUGCCAUUAACAGCUGUGCCAACCCCGUCAUUUACUUCUUCGUGGGCUCCUUCAGGCAUCAGUUGAAGCAUCAGACCCUCAAGAUGGUUCUCCAGAGGGCUCUACAGGACGCCCCUGAGACAGGUGAAAAUGGAAGCAGUGUCCCUCAGGACACCACGGAGAUGUCAAACAGCAGAGUGGAGCAGUGAGGAAGAGAACUGGCUGGACCUCAGAGGUGACUUUGGAGCAAUCAUGACUCUGUGCCCUUGAUGGCUGGCUGCUCUCCUCUCAGCCCUGUAACCUGACACACCUCAGUGGCUCACCAACGUCUUCAACAGAUCACCAUUGACUUAGUUUUUUCUACCUUUCCUGAGUAAAACUAUUUAUCUGAAAGUAUCGUGUCUUCAUCCUCCUUGACAUAAACAGAAUUCUCAAGCUAACUUCUGAGGCUUUCUUGCUGUUUCUUUGCAACUUUGUUGCCAUGGAAAUAGCCCCUGUCCAAAACCAUGACUC